AAAUAAACAAGGAAUCCCCUCGGACAAAAAUAACCUUUUCGCGAGGAUGCACAAGAUAAAAUUAAGACAGAAGAAACUGUUGGCUUGGCAAUAUAUGGGAGUCAAAAUCCUGAAGUAAAACAGAUCAGUUUACAUGCUACCGUUUCUGAUUGGCCAGCGAUGGUUGAUAUCACUGCAAAGUUAAUUUGGUAUCGGCUUGGGGAGACUUUCGACAAAAUGGCGGAAGGAGGCAAUAGAGUUACGUCGUGGUUGUUUUCAGAUUGGGACGACAAUUUGUUGGAUGUUUUACUAUUUGGGUGGAUAGGAUGGGCAGUUUUAGUCGUUCUCAUAGUCAAUGCCGUUUUGACAUUUUUCGGACCUCUUCAGCCGCGUGUGGCACGCUGGGAAAAGAAGGAAGGGGUCAGUGGGGCACCAGUGGAAGUCGAAACUGGUGCUGAAACAACCAGAUGGUUAAAUUCGGGAUUAAAUUGGUUCUAUCUCCAUUAUGAUUCUGUGCCGGAAUUUAUAGAAUUAUGGGUGAAAUCUCUGAAUGAGCAAGUUGUGAAGUUAGGGGGUCCAGUACAGUUGAAGUUUGAGAGAGUAAAACCCGGAAGCCUCCCACCAAAAUUUAAUGAAAUUACAUUUGAAGCAGGAUCAGAUAACAAAUAUCUAUUUCACAGUAAAGUGGACUCCAAAGAUUUAUCAUUUGCUAUAUUUGCAUCCCAACAGACAUCCGGAGGAGUCAAACUGACCAACUUGACAGCUAGCAUACUCAAGCUCAAAGGAACAAUAUGUUUUAAAUGCUCAAAAGUUGGAAGUGAUAUGAUUUUGAACAUCUCAUUUAUUGGACGACCUGAUGUCAAAGUUCAAGGAAAACCAGUUAACCCAUACCAGGAUCCAUCAGACUUGGUUGACAUUGAGGUCGUAGAAGAAGUUGUACGUAAUGCCAUUUGUCUUGCUAACACCGAUAUCAACAUAACUAAGUGGUUGACAGGCUCUACUCAAAAUCUCCCUCGCCCAGACACCACAGCCCAACCCUCCAGCCCACGCCAUGUUGCAGAACCUGUGUUUGAAACAAUUGAAGCCAAGGAACAACACAGUGCUUUCCAUGCUCCACCACAACAGCGAGUGCAGCGAUCCAUGUCUGGUGACAAAAGGUUACUGGUUAAAAUAAUCAAAGCAAGUGGACUUGGAUCAAAAGCACAAGUUGACCCAACUUGUUUGGUUUACCUGGACACACCUGCUCAGACUUAUUCCACCAAUGAAUGUAGAGGUACUGCUAACCCUUUCUGGGAUGAACAGUUUUUGUUUGAUGUUAAUCAGAAUUCCAGCCAGCUGAAGUUUGAAGUACUAGACAAACGUAAGCCAUCAACAGAGAAUUUUCUUGGAGAGGCAGUUGUAUACUAUGAUGAGUUGAAGAGAAAUCCAAGCAGUCGCCAGAUCAUAUCAUUGCAGGGACGCCCUGAAAGAGGAAAUGAUAUUGUGUCCGGCUCCAUAACUGUGGAGUUUCUGGUGUUGGACCCAUUAGAAGCUGAGGCCUACAACUAUUCAACUCCCAAAAAUCAGAUUUCCCCAAAAAGAACUAUAGAAGUAACACAGGCUAAAUCUCCAAGUGGAAUGUUAGUUACCAAGACUACCACAACCACUCAAAAACAUAACAACAGACAUGAACCUGGUAUAAAUAGUUCGCCAAAUUAUGUAGAAAAACGUCAGAAUUUUGAUUAUGACAUAUCAGGAUCUUCCAGCCUGGAUAGAACAUCACCAGAUAAUAUGUUACCCCAGGACAGAUCUUUAUCACAGUCAUCUGAGUUUGUUCAGAUAGACGGUGUAGACUCAGUUGUAGAAACUGCCAUUAGAGAACUUAAAAGUAACAAACGUAAAUCUAGAACACCCACAAAGACCACCACACUUAUCAUAACAGGUGUACAGAGGACACCAGAACAGUUAGAUGAAGAUUGUAUACCUACUGUAAUAACACAACCCCCAUCACCAGGGCAUCAUGAUAGACCAGAAAAAAAGAAAGGGUCUUCUUUUGCCGGUAGAAUUAAGAAGAAAUUUACUCGUUCCAAGAAACGCUCUCAGAGUGCAGAUAGAGCUGGUGGUUCCCUCAGAGAGGGUUCCAACUAUCUCCAGCCUCCAGAGGGCGGCACCUCUCCACGUUCUAAAGAUGAUAUGGAACUAGGCAGACAACAAAAUCCAGAAACACCUAAUUUAAAGAAAUCAAGGUCAUUAGGCGGUAGUUUAAAGAAACUUUUCAGGAGAAGUAGAAAACGUUCUCAAGGAAGAGAUGAUCAAGAAAUGUCGAGGGAGAGUUCAUUAUCAAGGUCAUCUGCUAGGAAUAUAUCUAAGGGUCCAUCACGUGAAACGUCAUUAACAAGGACUGGACAAUCAUCAAGAGAGUCUGCUAUAUCUUAAAUUGUUCAUUGUAGAUCUAGAUGUAAUUAUUUAACUCACAGCUUUAAAAUCUCAAAGAGUGAACUAAAGCUUUAAAAUGUCUAGUCAUGAUCAUGAGAGGAAGACUGUUUAUAAGUUGAUUGAGAAAUGGUCCUUCAAAAAGGAGAGCUCAGUGAGGAAAGAUUAAUUUGAUUACUCAACAAUAGUUUUAGAUAUGUAGCUUAAGAGUUAUUGAAAAAGUGAAUAUUCAAAUAUAAUUUUGAUUAUAAAAUGAAUUUUUGUAUCUAGAAAUGAUUUGAGAUUUUUGUAUGUAGCAAGUUAAACUUUAAGUUAUAUUAUAAAUUUGGUAUUACAUGAAGGUUUCUAUACCGUAUUGGAAAUUCAGGGUAUUGAAAGAGAAUGUGAUCAUUGUUGAACAUCACUUUUAUAUGACAGGUCCAAUGCGCCAUAAUUAUUCUACUUGAUAUACCAAUUCUGUGCCAUUUUCAAAAUUUGCUUAUGAAUUUUUGCCUGUAAUUUCCUAAAUUUUGUUUAUACAUCCUGGUCAGUGUAACAGUCAAAUGGUCAAUUAUGGAACCGAUUCCUUAAAUUGUGAAAGAUUUAUUUUGUAUGUAAUAUCUAAAUGUUGACCUUUCCUGGUUUUUGACCUCUCCUUUAAGAAAAUUAAGCAAGAAAGUAUAUUUUAGAAUCUCAUAUUGAAAUUUUUAUCUCAUUAGUCCAAAGAAUAUGACAUACUGGUAUAAGUUAUUUAUAGAACAUGAGAAUGUGGAAACUUGAGAUAUUUGUCAUAUAAGAUACUUCUAAAGUAUUUAUAAAAGUAAAUGUUUACCAACAUAUAUGUGAUAAGUAAAAACCCUAAGCUGUAUCUUAUUGAUGAUAAGAUCAUAGUCUUGUAAGGGUGAACGCUGGCUAAAUUUGAACAUUUUCCUUGUCAUAUGAAUUGUAGAAGCUAAUGUAGGGAUAAUAUUGAAAAUAUUUUCUUUCGAAAUAUUAUUGUUAAGAGCCCAACCUCUCUGAUUGCUAGUAGUUUUAGACCAGCCAACCUUUCUGCCUUGACAAGAUAGUGUAGAAUAUGAUGACCUAUAAAAUAUAGCAAAAUGAAAUGAUGGCAAGAAGGUUAAGACGCACAUUGUAUCAAUAUGUCAACAAUUUACCAUCAAUACUGGUUUCAGCUGAUCAGUUACAGGGUAUGCUUGUUAUUGACCUGGAACCAGUUUGCUGCAAAUGACCUUGCUCAUGAUGGGGUCAAAAUGUUACAUAAUUCCAGAAGUGUUUUAUGAAUAUAACUUACUGUUGAAAGAAUUUGUCCAAGGAUUGAAGAACUUGUUCAUGAAUGUAAGAAUUGAUUGAUUAUUAACUUUGCUGCAAUUAUAUGCAGUAAAGAUGAGAUGGUAAUUUAAGAUAAGGUUCAAAAGCUGUAUGAGUACUCUAGAACUAGAAAGUUGAUAAAAACAAACACAGAAAUUAAAUAGGUAUAUAUAUAAAAUUAGUCUACGCAUUUCAAUUAUUUUCCUGAACAAGUUACUGGUUACUAUCAUUUCAUUGCUAUAAAAACUGAUCAUGAAGUCUUGCCAGAUCUCAUUGUAAAUACUCAGAAACAGCCAGUUGUUUUAAAACAUAUAGAGAUGUUAUGUUUAUGUAAUUGCAGCCAAAAUUCAUUAUCUCAAUCUUAUAGAAGCAUUUCUUUGAAGUAUACAAUUUCCUGGCAAUUUCCCACCUGACCAUUAGAUGCAACUAUGGUAUUAUUUAACAUUGAAAAGAAUUUGAUUUCCCACUGUGUAGUACAGUAACUUAACAAAAAUGGUUUUUCAUGAAAAGUAAACGUUCAAAUGACAAAACAACUUUUCAGGGAUCUUGGGACACAAAGCUAUCUCUUAGAUGACAUUAAAUAAAUGAAGAUAGAAAUUGAAAAAAAACACUGUCAAAUACUGACAUUUUUUUUUGGGUUGAAAUCAUGAUUUGGUAAAACAAUGAUCAUAGAAGACAGAAAUUUCCUAAUGUCUGAUUCCUUGUCCUUGAAUUAUUGAAUGUAUUAGUAUUUGGUUUAUAAUUUAUUGAAUUGCCAUCUAUGAAUGAAUAACUUUAUGCUGUUUGUUCUUGAGAUAAUGAUACUUGACUGUAACUACUUUGAGUUGGGAGGUACUUUCAUUAGAAUUUCUUCCUUUCAUAGCCAAAAUGCAACUAAAAAUGCUCAAGCAAAGUUUAUAACAAAUCAUGCAGAAAUAGACAAAAUGUUGUUAUAUUUGUAACUUGAUUGAAUGUGAUAUUUUCCGCUAACAAUUCCUUAUGUUGUAAAUGACUAUAUUUGUCUAUAUUUUCUAUUAAGAGUUUUUAUAUAAUAUGCAACAAUGAAUUAGCUUGUUUGUGUCAGUAAAAUUUGUACACAUUUCAAUACUGCAUAUAUUUUUUAUGUUUGUAUAUCUCCAAUGGAACAAUUGUUGUUACAAAAAUCAAUUUUCGUAUUUUCAUCCAUAUUUUUGUAAUGCAGUUUCAUUUUUCUUCAAGAAACUAAGUAGUUGACAUCUACAUGUAUGCAAGCUAUUUCUUUAAGAAUUUAUGUAUGGAUAAAACUGAAAAAGCCAGUGAAAUAUUUUAGAAAUUACACCAAGAUGUUGUUAAAUGAAAUUGGAUACCCUGCAUUUAUCAGGCUUUUUAACAACAUAUGGUAAAAUUGCUGAAAGACCCCUUCCUAAAUUAUUGAAAACUAUCAUUCUGCAUUGACAAUAAUAUCUUGAUGCUAAUUAGAUACACCCAUUCUGGCUAAUGCCCUCAAGGUGUAACUAAUACUUGUAACAAAAAAAACAUGAAAUCGUUACUAUACAUUUUACUAAUAAGAAUAUAAACAUGGCAUUAACACUAAAAAUAUUUUUUUAAUAAGUACUGUAAACUCAGAAAUUAAUGUGUGCAUUUAUAAUAAAAAUUUUCCUAUUCUUAUAAACAAUACCAGAAUUCAUUUUGGACAUGCACCCAACUUUAUGGUCUAACUGAUAGUAAAUGUUUUUUUUUUUAACCUUGACUGGUGUAACAUUUGUUAAUAAGAAAAUGAGGACCUGUUAUACAAAGCUGCAAGCAUUUAUGCUAACUAUAUAGAACAUGUAUUUUUUAGAAUAAUUAUUAAGGGGCGGGAUAACUGCAGACUUAUUUAUAGUAUCAAUAAUUUUUUUUUUUUAAAUGAAUCAUUUACCACAUAAAAAUAAAAAAUUUGUAACUAAUAGACUAACUUGUGUGUUUAUUCCAUAUGAACUUUUAUCUAAUAGUCCCUUUAACUGUUUGUCCCACUCAUCAUGAAAGGAUACUCAUAGUGUUAAGUAAAAAUGAUAUAAUUCUCAUAUCUCAUUUAAAAAUUAUUCAUAUUUUUGAUAGAUGCACAAACCUUCAAAAUCUAGAAACCAAACUUUGUGUUUGAGUUUUGAAGCUAUACAUUGUUCUGAUGUUAUUGGCUUCCACUAAAAAAACUGAAAAAUGAGAAAAUAAAAAAUUGAGAAUAAAAAUAACAGAAUUUAUUCAUAUUCUUUGAAGAAAAAUCCAAUCUAUUAUAAAGAAUAAAUAUUUACCACUUUUCUAAAUUGAAAGAUACAUUUCAUUGUUUGCUCCUGUUUGUUGUUAGUACAGAAAUGUUUAAGAAAAUGUUUCAGAGAUUUGAACUCCAAGUAACUGAAAUAUCUUGGUUUAUGAUGCAUAGUCAAUUUUUUUUCAAACAGUGUGCUAAAUAAGAAAUAACAAAUGUAUGAAUAAAUAACAUUAAAAUUUUAGGGCAUAAUUUUUUAGAAGUAAAGAUAAAUAAUGGGGUAACAUUUUUUCUAAAAGGAAUUUUUCAGAUAAUUUACUAUUUUUACUUGUUUUCCAGCUUUAUUCGUCAAAACCCAGUACCUCAGCUUUGUGUUACAAAUGUGUCAUGAUUUUUUAUUAUAGAUUUAUCAUAAGAGGAGAGAAACUAUGGUUUUUAUACCACAAGCUCAUCACCGUGCUGUUUUAUUGUUGUUUGUUGACAGUGUUAUGUAAAGAUAUAUAUUUUAAAAGAAUUGUUAUUUGUAGUAUGAAAUAUUAGAUGAAAGCAGAAUAAGUUUUAAAUGUUUCACAACUUCUGUAUAUUUAAUAUGCACAUGCAUAUUGAAAAAAAAAAUUAAGAAAAAUAUAUUCACAAUUUUAUUAGAUAUCUAGAGUUAUCAGACUUUAAAUUUUGGAAGGAAAAGCAUACAUAAAUUAACUAUCUUACACAGAGUUUAUUGCAAAAAACAACUAUUUCAUGUGUUGAAUGGAGCUGAAAAGUAUUAAUAACAUUCUCCAUAUGUUACAAUUUCAUAUCAUUACAAAGAAUGAGAGAAUGACAAUCUAAGGAAUCAAACACACCUUCUACAUUAUCAUAUCACAUGUUUCUAUGCUGAUAAUCCUCUUCCUUUAUUUGUGAUAAAAUUUAGUAUGAAUGAAAUAGUAGAUUUCAUGUUAUUUUUUUGGAUGUGUGCAAUAUUUUAGCAGAUUUGAAUAAAAUAUUUAUUUCACA